AGAGCAAACCGAGGCGACGACACUAGUUGCGCCUUUAUCUUUCUUGCAACUCAUCCCAUCGCUAUCUCGUCACUGUUGCAGCUAGUGCACAAUGUUUAUCAUUUAAUUCGUAAACAGAUGGAACCAGUCAAGGAACAAUAACUAAUUAAUUUAAUCUAAGCGAUAAUGGAAUCUGUACGGCUUAGAAUCGCUUUGUAGGUCAGUAGUUAACAUUACCCGUACAAUGGGCGCCUGUAACGUUUUUUUUUUGCUGCUGCUGCUGCUGCUGUUGUUGCGACGCGUGCUAAUGCCGAACUCGUUCACCAUCGGGACGCAUGGUUUCGGGAUUAUCAGGGCUGCCAGACAUUCGCCACACAAACCGGUUUCAUCCCUUACGUUACAAAAGCCCAAGCAACCGAACGCGCUUCCGAAAAAGGGACGGCACAUUGCUCCCCCCGUCCCUUGGCUGGCUUCUCACUGCUGGCAGCUGGCGGACAUGCGCAUCGUGUGCGCAGGAAGCAAAGCAAACGUUAGCUUCCGUCGAUACUGCUUCGGCGCUUGCGAAACGGGAAACGUGACCCCGUCGGUUGCCUUUUUUCUUUGUUCUAUCUCUUUCGCCCUAACACUACUGGAAGGGAAAACGUGAAUUGAAGCGUGCUCGACGAUGAAAUUCAUCGAAGAAGGGAUAUCUCCAGGAAUCUAGAUCCAGAUAUGCAACUUCAGCACACAUACACGCAAAAGAUCCUCAAGUCCUUGUCCUUACGCUCGUGAUAAUGUCAAAUGUCUUUCAUUGGCGAACCUUGGAGAAAUAUUGGAAUUGGAAUUGGAAAUAUUGGAGAUUUACUUAAAAACCCCAAGAAGAAUCCUGGGUUGUAUCAUUUUCCGCAUUAUUCACUAUAUUUCCAUGGUGAGUACUUUACACGUUAUCUGCGUGUUUGUCUCUCUUUCUCUUUGUUUCUCUCUUUCCUGCACCGGUCGUACUGCAUCGGUGUGGGAAUGCGCCGUCGUGUCGGCGGUGUGGAUAAUAUUGUUUUGCACACGAGAAACACAAAAAAGAGCAACAAAACCGCGACUCAGCUCGCAAAACCCCCGAAAGCCCUCGGGUGGACCGGAUUGCAUGUUACGGAACGGUAGUGGCAAACAAAAUAUAGGGGUGGAACAAAAAAAAUAAAACAAGUAGUACUACACACGACACCGCCUUUAGUAGGUUCGCCUGGUAAACGAGAUACGAUGGUGGUUGGUGUUGCGGUGGUCCUCGUCAGUGGUAGUCUGGCCUCGUUACCGUGUCGUGCAACGGCAGCCACUAGUUGGGCCCGUGUUGGGACGGUGUGAUUUUCCCGGCUGCGCCCUUUUUUUAGAUUCAUUCUCAUCGUGCUGAAGUUGAUUAGAGUGGGUUUUGUUUUACUGUUGACUGUCCAGUUGAACGUCCCUUCAAGUGUGUCCUAAAAGAAGAAACCAAAAAGUCGUCUGAAGGGGUUUUUUUUCCUGGUGUGAUUGUUCGUUUCUCCGGCUAUUCGGUACGCUGAGAGGAUGUGUUUUCUGUGAUAAAACAUUGCAAAUUAACGCAAAAAACGUUAGCAUCAGUGGCACACCAGUGUGGUUUCAGUGGUCUUCCAGCUUUCAAGAGGUUUGACGUAUCAGAUUACUGCUGUGCCGGGGGUUCACUUCACUACUUCACCUCCACAGCAUGUCUUGGAAAUUCGGCGAAGUUCCAAAACCCGGUGCCGAACAGGCGUUUGAUGCGUGCGAUUACUUUGUCGACGAGGUAAUCGAACCAUGGAAAAUACCAGAUACUCGUGAACAGAUUCGCAGCCAGAAGCAUCGAGCACUACGGGAGGCUGUUACGGCGUCGGAUGAAGCAGCCGCUCAGCUGCUGCUGGAAAACAUUGGCACCGAUCGAGAAAUCAUCGUCAAUAUGGCUCCCGGUGGUGCAAACACACUGCUGUUCAUUGCGGCUCAAAACGGUUCAGAGCGCAUUGUGCAGCUACUGUUGGAAGCUGGUGCGGACGGACGGGCACAUGCGGUCACGAAGUACUCGCCACUGUACACAGCGGUUCACAAUGGUCAUACCAAGGUGGCUUCCUUGUUGUUGGAGCGAUUUCCCGAACUAGUGCAGCAGGUAACGGUGGAACGUUGGUUACCGUUUCAUGCGGCCUGUAUCAACGGACAUUGUGCCGUGGUGGAGCUGCUGAUCAAACACCCGUACGUGGACGAACUGCUGAGUGCGUACCGUAGCCCGAACGGUGAGCUUGAAUGGCGGCUUGCGUUCGAUCCGAACGCACAGGACGUGGCCGGCCAGACGGCCCUAUACGUUGGCUGUCUGCUCGGCAAUCCGCAGCUCGUCGAAACGCUACUCAAGUGGCGUGUAAAGUGUGUAAGACAUACGUUACCCACAGCAUCGAGCACAACUAGCAGUGGAGGAGCGGCGACAGUAACGUCACCGAGAUUAGACGUAGAAGGGGACGUCACCAACAGUAGCAGCAAUCCACUCAGCCCAACAAGUCGCAAAAUUUCGUUCGGCAUACAGUCGAUCAUGUCACGGUUAAGCUUAAGCGGUCGAACUGAUCCUUCCGAUGACGGUGAGGGACUGGACGGUGAGACACGCUGUCCGCUCGAUCUGGACGUUCUAUGCGGGGCGGCUCGGGAAACAGCCCUGCUAGCGGCUGUUCGGGGUGGAUUUCUUGAUGUGGUUACGAUACUACUGGAAAAUGGUGCCGAUCCGAACGUGAUUGCACGUGCCGUUGAAGAUCAAAAUGAUCCCAAAUCAUCAGAUGAAAUAUAUGGCUUUUCCAAUGUACCGCUUGCGGAAGCGACACGUCAAAAGUCGUUACCGAUGGUGGAACUACUGCUCAAACAUGGUGCACGUGACGAUCAGUCGGUUGCGCUCGGUAUCGCGGUACAGAAUACGGACGAACCGAUCAUCUGCCGGUUGCUGUCGAUCAAGGCACACCCGGACCCGGACUACAAGAUAAACAAACGCGCCUUCACCGGACAGGAACCGUCCGCUGCGGAGUACAGUGCCUCACCGCUCGCCUUUGUCAAGAUGGGCGGCAACUUUACGUACAGUUCGCUCUUUCCCAGCACCGCCACGAUGAUUAACUGGCACAGCAACAACUGCCGGCUGGGAUUGAUACGGAUGGCCUGGUUGAGUGAGGCGGUGCUGCAGUGCAAUCGGAAGCUAAGGGCACAUCCCAAGUGCAACCAGCUAGCGCUUGCCGCCCUGACGCGGAUCGAUAUAUCGCACAACACGCUGACGACGUUGCCGGCUGAAAUUUUUACGCUGGGUAGCUUACGCUACCUAAAUGCCGCUCAGAACAAGAUCGAACGGUUGCCGCUACCGGAGGACGACAUCGAGCGGUUGGUGGGAGGGCAUCGUACGGAAGGGAAGCGGCGCGGUUCGGCAAAACCGGUCGAGUAUCAGUGUCCGGUGCUGGAGGAGUUGUAUCUGCAGGACAACCGGCUCGAAUGUGUACCGGCGGUACUGUUUCGUAUGACCAAUCUUACCAUACUGGAUGUGUCGAACAAUAAGCUGCAGGAGUUACCGUUCGAGAUGUGGAAAGCGCCCAAGCUGAAGGAGUUGAAUGUGGCGUUUAACUUCCUGAAGGAUUUGCCCUCGCUACCGAUCACCGAUUGUGGUACGGGGCCGGGUAUGGAUGGUGGACGUGUGGAGCUUCCUUCGCCGGUUACGAUCGGUGUGGAAAGUGGUGGAUGUGGUGGUAGUGCUGCAUCGGCCGCCCUCUUCCAUCUGUAUACCGGCACGAGCGCAUCGUUUGAUGAUGGUACGGAGGCGCUGGCACGCAACCGGCAUGUCACGAAUCUGGAACUGGUCCGACACCACAUCUGGGCCCGUUCGCUGGAGGUUACCGAGCAGGAGCUUCGUUUGGCUGACUCGCGCAACGAUAGUGCACUGUCGCAGCUGAGCAGCCUCAAUCUGGCGAACAAUCUGUUCACGAGCAUCCCGCUAGCGUUGCCCUGUCUGGCGGUGAAUCUGACACGGCUCAACAUGUCCUACAAUAGCUUACGUUCGAUGGGGCACGUUACGAGCUAUCCGGCAUCGCUGAAGCAGCUUGAUUUGGGCCACAAUGAGAUCAGCUGUUGGCCCAGCUUACCACGAAUAGCGGCGUCCGAUCCGCAUCUGAUGUGCUACAAUCCUCAGGAGGGCAAAAAACAUCAUACCGAUAGUAGUGGAGCACCUAGUGGUACGGGUAGUGGGGGAGGUGGUGGAGGAGGAGGAGGAGGUGGAGGAAGUACGGGCAAAUCUGGUAGCAGGGGUGGAAUCGUGUCGUCCAGUGGGACGGGAAGCAAUGGUGGACCUGGUGGGGAUAUAACACCUUCAUCCAGUACUUCUGCAUCGACUACGUCGUACGGUGGUACGGAAAUGACGACCGUCGUAAAGUCAUCCACUAGCUCCAAUAGCAUCACCUCACUACGGACGGCCGUCCUGAAGAGUGUCUGCUGUCACCGGCGACAUUUACGGCUGGAGUCACUCCGUACACUAGUGCUUGCGGAUAAUACACUCACACGCAUCCAACUCUCCACCGACGAUGUAACCACCUUGGGUGAAUCGGACGACGCCGAAUGGAGUCUGAUCGGGAUGGCAAAAUCUCGGCUUAUCUUUCCAAAUCUUUCAAUGCUUGACAUUAGCAACAACUGUCUGAAGGAGAUACCGCCCUCAAUCCACGAGUUGACCAAUCUGAGCGUGCUAAACCUGAGCGGUAACAUGGACAUUACCGAGCUACCGCCUCACAUGGGUUUGCUGUCACGGCUCUGGAACCUAAAUACGCGCGGUUGCUCCCUACAAGACCCGCUGCGUUCGAUGAUCGAGAGCAAAAAGUACAAAACGAUGGAUAUCGUCGGUUACCUAAAGUCGGUGUACGAGGAUGCCCGGCCAUACGCACGCAUGAAGCUGAUGGUGGUCGGUGUACAGGGUAUCGGCAAGACGAGCCUGCUCGAACAGCUACGAAGCGAGGGUUCCUCGCGUGGCAAGAAACCGGUCGAUCACUGGGCAAAACGGAUGGGUCACCGUAACAUUAACCAGAAAACGUCCCGCGGCAUCAACAUGUCAACCGUCGGUGUCGACAUUGGCGAUUGGGUGUGCGAGAAAAAGGUACGCGGCCAAUCGCACCACGGUCCGGUUGUGUUCCGCACGUGGGACUUUGGUGGUCAGCGCGAGUACUACGCCACGCACCAGUACUUUCUGUCGAAGCGCAGCCUCUACCUGGUGCUGUGGCGCAUCAUCGAUGGUCGGCGCGGUUUGGCCGAGGUAUUGCAGUGGCUCGGCAACAUACAGGCACGCGCACCGAACUCGCCGGUCAUCAUCGUCGGCACACACUACGAUGCGGUCGGUGAAACGCUACCGGCGAAAAAGGCGGAAGAACUGCAGCAGAUCAUACGCGACCGUUUUAUCGCGGUGUCGGAUGCGGAAAAGAUUGGACUGCCGCGGGUGCUCGAUUCGAUCGAGGUAAGCUGCCGUACCGGGCACAACAUUAAGCUGCUGGCUGGGCUUAUCUACGACACUGCCUUCUCGCUUCGGCCGCCCGGUUGUAAGGAACCGCUGCUGUAUCAGCGCGUCCCAGCGAGCUAUCUGGCGCUGGAGGAUGUCGUGGCAAACAUUGCGGCUAGCUUGCGUCAGCACGGUGCCGAUCCGGUACUGGAUGCCGAUCGGUACCGGCAGACGGUAACGCACGAGAUGCAGCUGCGCGGUCUGAAGGGGUUUCGCGACUGGUCGGAACUCAACCAGGCGACCAUGUUCCUGCACGACAACGGUGUGCUGUUGCAUUACGAUGAUGCGACACUGCGCGAUCUGUACUUUCUCGAUCCACAGUGGCUUUGCGACAUGCUGGCACAUGUUGUGACGGUGCGUGAAAUUAACCCAUUCGCCCGUACCGGUGUGAUGAAGAUGGACGAUCUGCAGCACGUGUUCAAAAGUUCCUGUCUCGGUAGCAACAAUAAUCGAGGCUACAUAGUGAGCCUGUUGAAUAAAUUUGAAGUAGCCCUUUCUUGGGAUGCCCGAACACUACUGAUCCCGUCCCUGCUGCCAACCGAAGAGGAUAGCAGUUCGGAUCGUAUGGUUACAGUAAAGAUUGCAACACGUUCCAAAGGUUGGGUAAAUCGGGCACGUCGUAAUCCACUAGGAAACACUGGCUUUUCGUUACCUUCCUACGAUCACCCACUUCAGACGGUUGGUGGUUCCGCUAGUCUAGAUCACUCACCGGUACCGACACCAACACCAACAGACACCAGUACGGGUACGGUUUGCGACGUACAGAUGGUACCACAUCCCGAUCGUUCGAUCGCCCGACUACUGCUGAUGUCAUACUUUCCGUCCGGAUUUUGGUCGCGGCUCAUCACGCGCGUACUUGCCGACGAUCAGGUGGUAGAAGCUGUACGUGGCCUUUACCCACUACCGAAGGAGCUGCUGGACCAUAGUAGCGGGUUGGAAGAUGCACCCGCCCUGUCGGCGCACUGGGCCGUAUGGCAGACGGGUCUUUCCCUACAUUUCGGCACGUCGACGGUCGUGUUUAAGAUGCGUGAAAUUUCAAUCACCUGCCCAACGUCCCCGUAUCGCAAUCCGAUGAACCGGUUCAAGCUGAAACAGGACGGCAUCUGGUGUGAUAUCGAUCUGACCGCUAGCUCCAUACUGGAGAUACAUUUCCCGUGCAAUGCACUACGCGUACAAGUGCCGGCCGGAAGUGGACAUUCAGCCGAGACCAGUCGAAACCCAGUAGCGUAUGAGAUCGAACCAAACAUUCAAUGUCUAACGCAGCUGCUCGCCCUCACAGUAGACCACAUUGAUUUACUACUCGAGGAUUGGUACCCGACGCUCGGCACUCGUUUCGUCCACACGUCCGAAGGUCGGUUUCUAGUAACGCGCCUAGUACCGUGUCCACGGUGUUUGCGCGAUUGUGAGGACCGUCAUGCACCGAAUCUUCCGUCGCAGGUUAAACCCUGCUCGGCGUUAAAUCAGCGCGCUUCGUUCGCAGCGAACGGUGUCCAUCGUCACCGCUUAAGCAUCGGUGAACGGCGCACGGACGGUGGUGGUGGUGGUUCGGGUGGUGGCGUUGAAACGAGCGGCGGUUUAAAUGAGUUGCCCGGCAUACUGCACGACACGAUGGCCGCUGCUGCUGCUGGCCGGAAGUCGCAGGAUUCGCUCGGCUGGUCCGACUGUGAUUCGGGCGUCGGUCAGGAAACGGCUGACAGCUCAAGCGAAACGUCUAUCGAGGGUUAUACGCUCGCCAUGGCAGGUGACGGUUCGCCGAGCUAUUCCUGGAUGGUGGAGGAAUGCAUCCUGGCAGCGUACGAUCGAAAAUCGGUCUCGUGUCCGAUACACGGCGAGAUUGAACUAGGUCGCAUCACUCCAGAUGUGAACUUUAUGGACCUUCCCGAUCACUACUUAAUCCGUUCUUGUGAUAUUAACCGAGGACCAUUGCUUGGUCGCGGUGCGUUUGGUUUCGUGUUUAAAGCAACGUGUAAAUCGACCCGUCACACCACCUCGUCCAUCACUACCUCGGGUGCAUUGGCAGGGCGCCUAUCGUCCCUGUUAGGCAACGGUACCAACGCCACCACCAGCGGACUAACAAUUAACGUAGCGAUGAAGAUGCUUCAACCGGUGGCACCGGGACCACGGGCACGCCAGAGUGCCAUUAUUGCGUACAAGGCUGCACUCGGCAAAUGGGAACGGGAUCCGUUGCAGCACGCCUGCAAAGCGUACUGUACCGCCCGGCAAGAGUUGGCCGUGCUGCUAACGUUGCGCCAUCCGCACAUUGUGCCACUGAUCGGUGUCUGUACGCAACCGUUAGCGCUCGUGCUCGAUCUCGCACCGAAGGGUGCGCUCGAUGCGGUACUGCGUCAUUUCCGGCGCAGCGGUGCCCGCAUCGGACCGUACUGCUUCCAGGCGCUCGUACUGCAAGCUGCGAAAGCGAUGGAAUAUCUUCACCGUAGGCGGGUCAUUUACCGUGACCUGAAGGCGGAGAACAUACUCGUUUGGGAAUUUCCGGAACCGCAUGCACAUGAUCAUCCAUCGAACGCUGUACACAUCAAGGUGGCUGAUUAUGGCAUUAGCCGCAUCACGCUACCGUCCGGUUCGAAGGGUUUCGGCGGCACGGAAGGGUUUAUGGCGCCAGAAAUUAUGCGUCACAACGGUGAGGAGGAGUACACGGAAAAGGUGGAUUGCUUUUCGUUUGGCAUGUUCCUAUAUGAGCUGAUCUCGCUGCGCCAACCGUUCGAGGGUCACGAAGCGGUGAAGGAAUGCAUCCUGGAGGGUGGCCGUCCGGUGCUGACCCAUCGGGAAACGCACUUCCCUUCGUACUGUCUCGAUCUGAUGGUGCUGUGCUGGGAUCAGCAGCCGAAGUUGCGACCAUCCGCCAGCCAGAUUGUAUCGAUUGCGACGGCACCGGAAUUUACGCAUCUGCUGGAUGUGAUUUCACUGUCACAUGGUGGGAGCGUAAUGGAUGGUAUCGCUUGUAUGAUCUCUAGUGCGGAUGGUGAGGAGACGGGGAUGGUGUCGGGGUAUGAGCUGUGGUUACCGUGUUCGAACUCACGCAUCGAUAUAUUGGGCGGUUCGGCCAAGGGUUGGCAGCAGUACCAUCGAAUCUUGUGCCCACAGGUGAAGGGUGGUGGAGGCGGUGGUGGAACGAGCGGGCAGAGUGGACAGAGUACCGGGACGGGUAGCGGAACACCCGGUUGCGCCGGCACCUCCACCACGAUGAGCGCCGGUUCCGGAUCGUCCGGUUCACAACCGACCACACCUCAUCUGCUAAAAACGAUCAAGCUGACGACGGCGUGCGCCGUCGAGUCGGCCGUCUGGAUCGGUGAUGCCGAAGGCAACAUAUACGCAUUUAAUGCGGCCGACUGUGUCCAUCUGUUUUCGUACGCACUCGAACCGUCCGCCCCGUCACCGGUGGUGGCGCUCGUCUACCUGAAGAAGUUCCACCGUGUAGCGGCCGGGCUGGAGAACGGUCGGCUGUUUCUGCUCGACUCGACGCUCAUCCCAAGUACGUACGUGUCGGCGGAGGGUAGCUUCGUGCUGUCCGAGCUUGGUUCCGGUGAACGGCUCUGCUCCGUGACGGCGCUCUGGCUGUCGGAGGAUGAGUGUGAGCUGUGGUGUGGUGAACGGGACGACGCGAUCAGUGUGUUUUCGCUGCGUAACUCGCACGUGUCCGGUCAGCAUCAUUUAACGCACUUCCCAGCACCGUUGCCAGUGCGUGGGCUGAGCGUUGCGUUGCUGUACGCAUCCGGCGAUGACUUCGUGUACUCGUAUCUUUCACCAAGCUACAUCCUUUACCAGUGGCGGUCCUCGACGAAGCGGGUAGAGAACAAGCUCGACUGCUCCAAGCUGGUACCGUGCUCGGAAAGCCUGAAAAGCAUUGCGAUCGACGAGCGGCUCAGUCCGGGCAAGUGCCAGAUCAGUGCGCUGGCAGUGCUCGGCAACGAGCUGUACGUCGGCACAACCUGGGGCUGCAUUAUCGUCGUGGAACGGGGCAACCUACGGCCCACGACCGUCUUUCGACCGUACGAAGAGGACGUACGGUGCAUUAUUCCGGUCGUACCCGUCGCAACCGGGCACGACGCAUCCGGCAGCUACACCACGCCGCUAAUCGUGACGAUCGGCCGCGGCUAUCGGUCACUGAUCGAGCGCUACACGGACGUGACGGUUUCGGCGGCCGGGACGGCAAGCGCUGGACGCCAAAUAGCCACCACACCGACCACCCAGGACAAACGGCUCAAGGAGGCAUUGUUGCGCGACCGGUCCAACCACAUGCAUGCGCUGAUCUGGUCCGCGGAACAUUGGGCUCCGAUCUAGGCGGUGACACGAAUGGAGAUUUUAUCUUGUCUGUGAUUUGAUUUACCUUGAUUUUAAUAGCUUGCGGGACGUCGCGUUGAAAUGAAGUGAAAACAAAAUGGCGAAAAUGGCUCUUAAUUUAUUUGGCAAACCAUGUUUACCUUUAUUGUAAUAUAUCAAUCACCCUGUACGCUGUGUAGAAGGGGGGGAUUUGUGUUUGUCGCAAUGUAGCAUUAAGCGAAGCCAGAUGCAAUAAAAACGGAACGAGCGUAAUCGGAACGAGA